GGUCACAGUGAUGGAGGCGAACGGCGGUACAGCGCGGCCCGACCGAGUGCGGAGGUGAGCGGCGGUGAGCGGCGAUCCGUCAGUCAACGAAGCGAGGCGAGCCGCUCUCCGCUCUUCGCUCUUCACGCGGACAAACUCAAUCGGACGCCGGGGGACUCGUGUCGGCACGCGGCGCCGUUCUCGUCGUUUAUAAAUAAGGGCCGCGUACACUUUGGGGAGACCCGCCAUCGCCUGGUCAACUCCGCCGAGCGGGGCACGCGUCUGCCGGCCUCGAAUCUAGGCGAGCGGCGUCUCCGGCCAGGCAUCAUCCAGCAGCGCUAGGCCUCGAUGCGGUGGCCUCUUUCGGGAGGCGCGUCUCUUCACUCGUUCGCCUCGGCAACCGCUUGUGUCUUGGGCUCGGAGCCAGACGCGUGGGGGAUCCCCGCAGCUCGGAGCCCGAGUACCGGGGUCGUGUUCUCCGCGAUCGGCACGCGUCUCUGAGCGGUGGCUUAGUUGGGGUUCCACCCCGGGCACCUCCCGAACCGGGCCCCGUGGAGCGGAGUAUAAAGAAGUCCCCGCCAGAAUCUCCAGAGAGCCCUUGUCGUUAACUAAUCCCCGGUUCUUGGGACGUCCGAUUCCCCGUGGCACGCUCACAGUUCUUCAGAGCCCGGCCCCCCUCGAUCAUUUUUUUAUCCCGGAGUGUUGCGGGUUGCACAGGGGAGGCCCUCGUUCCCCGCCCAGUGGCAGCCUGUGUUUAUCCUCGUGUGUCUGCCGCCAUGGACAAGCGGGAGCCGCCCUAUUACAACAGCGAGGAGAGCCCGUACGUGAGCUACAGGUUCCCCUUCUACGAGACAAUGGAGGUGCUCAUCGAGACCCUCACCGGGACGUUUUUCGAAAUCCGCGUCUCGCCCUUCGAGAGCGUCAUGUCUGUGAAGGCCAAGAUACAGCGACUAGAAGGCAUUCCCAUCGCACAGCAGCAUCUGAUUUGGAGAAACAUUGAACUGGAGGAUGACUACUGUUUGCAUGACUACCACAUUACGCAUGGCUGCACCAUCAAGCUGGUACUAGCCAUGAGGGGAGGACCUAUCAACACGCGCAAAGUGGCGGUGGAGGACCCGGCGGUGCGCGAGAUGGCUGAGUACAUGGAGGAGAACCGCGAGGAGAUCCUGGACAAGUUGCCGGCGAACAAGCAGGUGACGCUGCUCGUGUUCCGGGAGGGAGACCAGCUGAACUUCUUCCGCGUGCUGGAGCGCGGCGACGGCACGCUCACACCGCUCUCCGAAUCGCUCAGUGGCGGCUCGAUGUACAAUCUCUACGCGGAGGAGGAGGAGGAGGAUGCCGAGGAGUCACCCUCGGUGGAGCAGCUGCAGGAGAACGCACUCACCAUGACCAGGAUGAACGUGCUCCGCAACAACAUGAGCCUCGCCAAGCAGCCCAAGAAAGACAUUCCCAAGCCGCAGCCGCAGCCGCAGCCGCAGCCUCCGUCGUCCGAGGACUUGUAUGAAGAUCUCACCACCCGCUACUCCCGUCACCGUCUGCGUGCCUUCCCGCAAUGCGACGAGCCGAUCCACGGCAUAAACGCCGAGAGCUCCCAGCAACCGCCGGCAUCGCCGCAUCUCCCGGGCAGCCCGGUCACCACGGCACCAUCGCGCGGGUCUUCGCGCACGGGGCCACCGCCGGUCCCCUUGAUAAACCCGUUAUCGUUCUGCGCCCACUAUGCCGACGGCAGGUUUACCGCCGCGCCGGUGGGUCUCCCGUACGUGUCGACCAGCCUGCUCACCACCGGCGUGUUUGCUAGCAGUUUCCACCCAGCAGUUGGGCAGAUGCCCGGCGGGCAGCAUGCACACGCCCCGAUUACCGACCAUCAGAAGGCCGCUAUCACCAAAAGCCACGCCGACUUCAUGUCCACGUUCAGCCCUCUCCCCGCCAUCCCAAACCUCUUCGGCGGCCGAAACUUUGCGGCCAACGCCUUGACGGGUGAUGCCUAUGACGCGAUUGUCCAUUCCGAGGGCUUGCGUGACGCCACCAGUGGCAGCUUGUCCAUGGGGGCAGACGUUCUGGAGGGUGUGGCCGUGCCGGGCAGAGGCGAGGCGGGCGCCGCCGGCGGUGCACCGGCAGUGCCGCCUUCUGACGGAACCCUGGGUUCGACUCACGAGGACUUGGCGUCCGGGACUCACUUGCUGAUGCACGAAGCAGGGGGCAGUCUGUUCAACAGCUCGCAUGUCGCUGGCUCCUACGCGCUCUCUGCGGCCGACAUUUGGCCCGCGUACUCGCUUUUUCCUAAACUCGACGUUGGCGGCGCUCUGCCGGGGUUGGGCCCCUCGGCAUUCUGCAUCCCGCCGAGCGGUGAGAAGGACGUGGCCGCGGUGAACGCCGACGCCGCGCCGGAACACCUCGUCGCGACGGAGGAGCUCUCGGAACUCGCCGACGAAAUGGACAGCUUGAACAUCUCCACGGCGGCGGUGGCGGCUACGGCCGCCCGUGCCGCGGAGCGCAGAGAGUCUGCGUACAAAGCGGAAGUCGCCAAAACCGUCCAGGCUCUGGAACGGCUGAUGAUCCCAGGGGAGGGCAGCGACCUCGACAACGCAAUGCUCGACACGAAGUGGGAGCACGUCGUGGGGGCGCAGAGCGGCUUGCGGGCCUCGCAUGGCCCCACCAGGCAGCUGAAAGGCGGCCGCGUCGGCUCCAGCGACGACGACCUCUCCGAGUCGACGAAGACCCUCAAGAGGCUGAAGCGGUCGGCGGGGGAGCCUCCGAGGGCCGCCAAGAGCGGGGCGGCUCGGACCGCGCCGUUUGCCGGGGGGCGUGGCGCGCCGCCCGUGCCGCUCCUCAAGCCGCUGCUGGUGCCGUCCCCGCGCCGCCGCGCCGCGAGGCUGCCCCCCGACGGCCUCGGGCCGCCUAUCCCCCCUGGGGGCGAGCAACCUGCGCCCGCCGGCGCAGGUGAAAAGGUUCCAGCUGCCUAUGCCGAUGUGCCCCGGUGCCUUUCAGAAAAACUUUGGCGGAGCCGGCAACCCGAGCAGGGUGGUGUCGGCAGGCAAGAAAGUGGUGGGCGCGCAUGGCAGGCCGAGAAGCGGCUCGGAGGGAGACUACGCCGCGGCAGCCGGCGCCGUGCCAUCAUGCGGUGGAAGCAGCAGCAGAGACAUGCGUCUGCUCGGACGCAUGUCGUCGCGCGACCGCCACCUGCCGCACGGCAGCUCGGUGGCUCGAGCCGCGACCCCGACCUGCUGCACCGCCGCGGGGCUGAGACAACGACGAAGGCGUCCGUCUCUUCCUGUCCCUUCGGGGCCGCAUCCUACUCUCUCAAUGGUGCUCGCUGCUCGGAACCUUACUCUCCACAUGCCGAAGAAUCAGAUGACGAGAUGUACGCGGUGAAAACUUGGUAUCCGAGGAAGAAGGCGGCGACAAAGAGGUGCUCCUUUUGCGGUCGGAAGACGGGGCUGGCGACGAGCUACGAGUGCAGGUGCGGCAACAACUUCUGCGGCAUGCACCGCUACGCGGAGGUGCACGCCUGCACCUUCGACUACAAGAGCACAGGCCGCAGGCUUCUGCUCGACAGCCACCCGGCCAUCAGCGCUCCCAAGCUGCCCAAGAUCUAGGUCCGGCCGGCCACUCACCCUCCUGCUUCUCUGCCAGCGUGGAGGUCCUUCCGUUUUUUACUUUUCUAUUUUGUUGAUGGAGACGUGCGCCGCUGGGUCUGCCCUCUGCCUCCCCCGCCCCCACCUCCUACCACACUCCGCCCCCACUCCCGACUGCAAACACGUCGAGGGUUCUAAACGUCGGGGAAGGGGGCGGGGUUCUAGAGAAACGCACCGAUUCUUACGCUCGUGCACGCGUCAAUCCACCCUGCUGAGAGUGCGUUGCGCACAGCGGUCUCCCGAAAUGCCGUGGCAUCACGGGACGCUUGCUCGGAAAGGAGUCGCACUCGUUUCUGAGCAGGACGAGACUGACGACAAUCUCCGCAAUCUCUCGCGGCAUUGCGGGAGGGUUGGGGGCGGGUGCUCGAGGCGUUGCGUGCCUGGUGGAUGCCUGGAAUGCCGGUGCCCAUCUUCACAACUUGGGGCACCGAAGCCGAGUCCACGCAGGGAUCCGGUGACGAUCAAAUUGCACGUUAGGUUAGGGAAUUGGUACGUGGAAGGAAAAUGUUGUACAUAUUUUUUUGGCCCCUCCCCGCCCCCCCCAACGCGCGCCACGUGCUUCCCCGAUGUUCUGAUUCGGCAGAACGAUGUGAACCCGGCUGCCUCCGCCCCCACCCCGUAGGAGACGCGUCUCUGGCGUCGCUUUCCACUUCCGGAGCGAUGAUUCGGAAUCCCCUAAUCCGGACAGAAGCGGCUGUCGCUUUCCUCCCGGCGGACGGCUGCCCUGCGUACAGGACAUUGGUCAGAAUGUCGACCCCUUCACCUUGUACACAAAUUAAAUAAAGAUAUGGGUGCUUGUGUGUGCUUGCUACACGGAGUGCGCUUUCGUUUUUGUUUUAAGCCGUGAUUGCAGAGGAUUGCACUAUUACGUGAUGCUGGUUGGUUUUAUUAGUACUGUUAUUUUUUUCUUAACAUCGUAAUUUUUAUAGAACAUGGAAUGAGGCCUUUAUCAUAAUAAUAACAAUAGUGUGAUAAGUGUCGUCGUCGUGUUUUCCGUUGAUCUAUAACUACUGUUUCUAAACGUCGUUCUUUUUUAAUCUGCUAUGCAGCUUUUCAGAUUAAUACGGAUAAGUGUAUACUGGCAGUGUGUGUGUGUGUGUGCAUGUACGUGCUCGCAAACAGCAGUUGCCCCAAAAGUCCGUUAAGGCUGUCGGGGGAAUCUUUGUCUCUGUGUGCGUGUGAUCACUUCUAUACUGGCCGUGUGCAUGCGUACUGUGCGUGUGUUUGUGUGUGCGGGGGUGUGUACUGGCCGUGUGUGCGUGCGCAUGUACACGGGCUGUGUGUGCGUGAAAACUGGCCGUGUGGGUGCACGCGUGCGCAUUUUGCUGGUAUUGUACCCUUGUAUAGGCUGACCUUUGACUGAGGGCUUAUAUAAUUGGACUCGGUGUGUUUGCGUAAAGAUCGCAAAGGUAGCCGUAAAUUGGUCACUUUAGAUGAAGUGAAACCGUUUAUGAAUAAAACAUUACACCUCACUUGAAGUUGGAACGUGACUGCAAUGUAAGCGGGCCGGCCGAUUCGUGUGGUCUCCUCUGUGUGCAUCCACACCCACGGAGAGAGAGUCACCCCGGCAGCUGUGACGAGCAGAACCGAUGCAAAUUCCAAUUUCUAGCAACUCCCAAUUGUUCUUCCUGGCUGCACCUGCUGUGUUAAACCCCCGUGAUGGAAUGCCAGCCCUCAUCUAAAUUGGAGUCGUUAUCCAGCCCUGGCCUUUGCUAUUUGGCGCCCCACCUGGAAAUUAACUUUGGGCCAGAUAUUAAAACAAAAACAAAACUCCCUCGUCUCACGGAGGAGGAGAUGUUUAUGUGCAGCGGGCGCCGACCCGCGCUCGCCGCUCCCGCUAAUGAAGUCACGGUUCCGUUGGGUUUUGUUGCUGUUUUCGGUUGUGCAAUAUGUUCAGGGUUUCAAUGUCUUUAAACCGCGGAGCAAAGAGACGCCUCCGUGCAGCUGCCGAUAGUACAGCGACACCGAGGCUCGCCACGGCCACUGUGGCCUCGUGGAGAGCGGCGCACUGGGCUUGCGAUCCAGAGGUCGCCGGUUCGAUUCCGAGACUCCGGCGCUGCAGUUGAAACGAUUCGUGGGGGGUGGGGUGGGGGGGCAAGCAUCUCAAAUCCGGCCGACCCCCACGACCUCUGUUCACACAGCGGAGCAGACGGGCGCACGACCGGCAGGUCACCGCGCGUGGCGGGGAUAAAAAGCGUGGGCACGCCCGCACCUUCCCACGCGUCCGGUCAACGUGGUGGAGUCCGCCGAAUACCCUCUCGAAUUGGCGUGAGCCGGGCAGUCGGUCGCUCGGUAGGGUCAAGAGAAGCUCGCGUGGGUAAAUGUCACCCGCGCCCCCGACGCUGCGCUUGGCGAGUCGUUGCUCCGCUCUGUACAAAGCAUUGACCCGUGAUGUUGGUGUCCACUGUGAGUUCUGUUAGGUGCACGCUCUAGUGCCAUCGCGCCCACUCAAAUGCAUGCAUGCGUGGCGUGGGUGCCUGUUACGCCCUCGCGUUAGUUGGCUGGGCACUCCCGUCGUUCGCGACUUGAACGCUCCCCGAUCCGGCGUCGCGAGUUUGUCGGCGCGCGCGUUAUCUCGACCCCGCUAACGCCGCGCAAACCGUUUGAUGUUGCUCCCGGAGAGGCCUCGGGUUCGCCGCGUAAAGACCUCGAGUACAGCUCGGCAGCCAACCCGGCCGACCUGUGCGUGCCGUCACGUCCAGUGGCGCGCCCAAGCGUGUUGUGCGUGUCGCGCGCUCUUGAGCCCGUCGCACAGGUAUCUUGGGCGGAGAGCCACUUCCUGUUUCGUUGACGCGGUGCCGGGAGUAUUCGCGUGGGGAUUGGCUGCGUCGCCGCUCCCGACCUCGGCGCCCACGGCUUGCUCCGAAGUGACAGGUGGGAGUAAGACAAAUGGGUCCGCUCUUUCGGGAAGGCCAUUUCGGCAACGUGGCGUGAAAGCCACGACCCCCCCCCCUCGCACCCACCCCCUUCCCCGCUCGGGUCACCGCACCCAAGGCUGGCGGGGGGGGGGGGUUGGUGGAGGAGGGGGGAUCGAAUCGAUGGUGCGAGUCGAGGAGCUGUCGCGAGCUGCCGGGAGGUCGGCACGGCGGCGCGUCAGCUUCCCCAGAGAGCCGUAGCCGCCCAAUUUAAUAUCUUUAUUAAUAACGUUGCUUUAAUCUUUAAUUGAAUCGGGCUUGGAACAAAGUACAGUUAUUGGCUAUGAAGGUUACAAUGUGGCCCGUGGAUUUUUGUUUCUUUCGAAUUGAUGCGUUCUUGCAGAGUUGAUCGGUCCGCUCCACGUUUUCCAGAGGUCGCCUGCCUCGCGCUUCCCAAAUUCCAGCGCUCGCGACCGCACGCCCCCGGCGAUUGCUAAACACGCUGCCUGACAGAGCGCCCAACCAAAUCGAGAUGGGGGCUUUUUCGUCCGUGCGUGCGACUGUGUAUGGUGUGUGUAUAUAUAUAGGUGUGCGUUUCGUACAACGGGGAAGAGAUCCGAUUCGGAUUCAUCGACGUGUCCAGCGAUCAUCGGGGUGCGUGUAGUUGCAUAACAGCUUGGCGAUUGCGCGAGUGCGCCCGAUUUGAGCGUGGAAACGUGCGGCGUGGCGGGUCGCGAGGACUGGAGUUUGGAAACCCCGCUGAUGUACGGAUGAACCGAGCGUUUUGAUGAAUGGGCCUCUCGCCCGUGGUGGGCUCCCCAGGGCCACGCCUGCUCCGCUUUGCAUCACAUUUGUUAGUGAAGCCUCGACACCACCAAUUAUCUCCACGCGCGGCGGCUCCUCAAGCCGCCAGUGUCCUCACCCCGUUGCUCGCCUCUCCCACCGUGGUCCCGAUUUUGUUAAUUUUCCUCUUCUCCCCAGACACCCCCCCCCGCUGAUUCACGUACCGGUGAAUAUUACGUCUCGUCACGUCUUUUGGAGGAAACGUGGAGGGGGAAGGAGCGAGACUAUGCGUUGACGUGGAAAUUUUGUCCGUGGCUGCACGCGUCGGUCCCAGCGCGCGAUCCUAAGUUUGCUGUCGUUUCCUUCCACCGCUUGCGAUGGGGUGCCACGCAGAGCGAUGCCCAUGAUGGAUGGUGAAGAGUGGUGGUCGAGCACCGUUUGUGUUUGUGGCGCAAGUCUAUCGCAAAGGACCGAUGUAGCCUGCCUGUAGGGGAAGGGGGGGAGGGUUGAGCGAUCUUGCCCGUGUGCAAUUCGAAUUGAGGGAAGUGCGCUGUCAUUUUUUCCCCCCCAUAACUAAGGCAAACUUUGGACACGCGAUGUCGGCACGCGGUGGUGGCCUCGUUUUCGAACGACCUCGGGGAGAUCUUUUUGACCGCGCGCACCUUGAAGUAGAACGGCGCGCGGUAACCGGGGCGGAGGCCUUGCAACCCACGAGAGCCGCGAGCCCCUCCGCAAUAAGCCGUGUCGGGAGCCGUGUCGGGAGCCGUGUCGGGAGCCGUGUCGGGAGCCGUGUCGGGAGCCGUGUCGGGAGCCGUGUCGGGAGCCGUGUCGGGAGCCGUGUCGGGAGCCGUGUCGGGAGCCGUGUCGGGAGCCGUGUCGGGAGCCGUGUCGGGAGCGCGUUGGGGAGCGCGCUCGCGGCCACGUCGUUCGGGAUGCCGAACUGGAUUGCUUGUUUGUUCGUGGGAUGGUGGUGGGGAUUUUUGGUCAUUUACGUGUCGGCAAAAUGCGACCGCCUGGUCAUCAAAUCUGUGUUUAAUUGUGUAUCGCGGCGUCGCGUGGAUGGUCGGCGUGAGAGAGGCACGAGGCGGCAGCGUCUCGCCGACGGACUAACUCCCACCUGUCUGGUCGUUUCACCUCGCCCUGGUGUGGGUGAGAACUAAGCACACGGCUUUUUAUGUUUGUAUCUCUUUAAUAGUGCUGCUUCUUUCGUUGAGACUAAAUAAACAACCAUUUUAAACUGA